CAAGUUCAGCAACAACAACAACAACAGCAACAACCACAAACCCAACAACAAACGAUAAUUCAAGCCCAGCCACAAACUGUAACAAUGCAUCAAAUUAGACAAGCAUCUCCUGAUACCGUACUUGGCCAGGUUUCACUACAACAUCCCCUUCAUAUGCAAACAAUUCAGCAGUUGUCGAGUUUACCUUCCCUUUCAAGUCCACCGCCUUUAGUUCACUUAUCAACAGCUGGCGGACAAUUACUACAAAUACAACCAGAUCAACUCGGACAAUUAACACAUCGAAUAAUACUGCAAUCAAAUGGACAACCUAUUUUAUGGCACAACAACAGUAAGAGUUUUCUUACGUAA